AUGGUGCUGGAAAGUACGAUGGUUUGUUUCGAUAACAGUGAUUACCAGCGGAACGGGGAUUAUUUCCCGACUCGACUGAACGCCCAGAAGGACGGUGUGAAUCUGGUCUGUCUGUCGAAGGUGCGAUCGAACCCGGAGAAUAAUGUUGGGUUGAUGACGCUUUCCAACACAACGGAGGUCUUGGCCACACUGACCAGUGACGUCGGUCGCAUCUUGUCCAAGCUACAUCUGGUCAAUCCAAAUGGAAACAUUAAUCUAAUGACGGGACUGCGUAUCGCGCAUUUGGUACUGAAGCAUCGCCAGGGCAAGAACCACAAGAUGCGUAUUGUCGUGUUUGUAGGUUCUCCGGUUGAGCACGACGAAGGCGAACUGGUAAAACUGGCAAAAAAGCUCAAGAAGGAAAAAGUGAACGUGGACAUUGUCAGUUUCGGCGAUCACCAGAAGAACAAUGACACGUUCACAUCGUUCAUAAAUGUACUGAACGGAAAGGACGGUACCGGAUCCCAUCUGGUGUGUGUUCCGCGCGGUUCCGUAUUCUCCGAGGCUCUCAUUUCGUCGCCCAUCAUACAGGGUGAAGAUGGGAGCGGUGGGGCCGGUUUGGGUGGAGCCGGAUUCGAGUUUGGCGUUGAUCCGAACGAAGAUCCUGAGUUGGCCCUUGCAUUGCGCGUUUCGAUGGAAGAACAGCGAUUGCGCCAGGAAGAGGAACAGCGUCGAGCUACUGCCAAUAGUGCCGCGGAUGGUACGGCCACUGCCGGAGGUGACAAGGAAGCGUCCGGUGCGUCAGCGGGAACUGCCGGCGCAUCGUCGAGUGCCGGUGCAGCUCGUGCCGCCGGUUCGGAACCGCACGCCGAAGAAGCGAUGCUGGAACGAGCGCUGGCAUUGUCGACAGGUGAAAUUAUGCCUACGGAUGAUUCGAUGCCGGAUUUUGCGAACAUGACGGAAGAGGAACAGAUCGCGUUCGCGAUGCAGAUGUCAAUGCAGGACGCUCAGGAGCCAAUCUCGCAGCCGGCCAAGCGUCAGAAGCAGGAGAAGGACACACCGAUGGAGGUGGAUGUGGAGGAGCACGACCUCGUCGGUGUUUCGCCUGAAUACUUGAUGAGCGUGUUGGAGAACCUGCCCGGUGUGGAUCCGCAGUCGGAAGCGGUACGCAAUGCGGUCGGUUCGCUGAAUAAGGAUAGCAGCAAGAAGUCACAGUCCGACAGUAAGGAUAGUAAGGAUGAUGAAAGCAAAAAGUAG